AUGGACAUUCUCAGCAUCAAGAAUGGUGAUAUUCCCUUUGACAUUUUAUCCUGGUUGCCAACGGAGACUCUUCUUGAAAUGAGGUGCGUUUCUAAAGAGUGGUAUCAACUUAUUUUAGACCGCUCAUUCGUACAGGAACAGUUUCAGAAGACCGGAUUGACGUUAUCAGGUUUCAUCUUUCAAGAGAACUACCAAUCAUGUAUUGACGAUAUAAGAACAUUUAGCUAUAUUUCAGUAAAUGCAGAUUCUAAGGUGCAUAAAAUGGUCAUUGAUUUCCUGCCCGAGGAUGUUGUUAUUUUGGCAUCCUGUAAUGGCCUUGUUUGUUGUAGAAGUUGCUUCCCUACACAGCACCCUACAAUCUAUGUCUGCAAUCCCUUCUUCAAGAAAUGGGUAAGUUUUGAAGUGCCUCAGCUGGACAAAAGAAGCAACAUUGCUCUGGUAUUUGAUCCCAUUAGGGACCCUAUCAACACGUCGACAAAUUUCAAAAUAGUAAGAAUUCAGCAGUUAGAGAAUGAACAAGAGGAAAGGUACUACACGUUUAAAACAUACUCUGCAGAAACAGGAGCCUGGAAGGAAUCGAAUGAAGUUUGCUAUUCAAAUGGCAAUUUGUCCAAGAACAAAGGCAUUUAUGCUAAAGGGACCUUACAUUGGCUUACUGAUUCGGAUCAGAUCCUUACAUUUGAUACGGAGAAAGAACUGUCUCUCUUAAUUCCAUCUCCAAUUCCUGCCAUGGAAGUUUUCAUCAACGUCCCUGGAACAUGCAUAGGAGAAUCCAAGGGCCUACUGCAUUUCAUCAUGAUCUGCGAAUAUGGAAUUAUUGUAUGGUGUCUGGAAGACUAUUUUGAGACAAAAUGGAUGCUCAAACAUUCAAAACGGCUCCAAGUGAUUGAGGAAGAGAACCCAAAGAUGUUUUUCAAACUAUACAACAGCACGCAACAUAAAGUGGUUAAAGGUAUGGAUCCAUGGAUAAAUCCCAUAGCAUUUAAAGAUGAGGUUCUAUUGAUGAGGGUGUAUGGAAUUUUCUAUUCAUACCACACUGAAACAGGCAAGGUGGUGGAAGUUUGUUCGCUUAACAGUUUGGGUCCAAACCCCUGGGCUGAUCCUUCAGUGCUUCCUUAUUCCUUGAGCUUGGUUCCCUUGGACGUUUCUCCCUCAAAAUCCGACUCAAAUAGCAGCAGAAAUCCCAGCUAG